AUGGUAAACCCGAAGGGUAUCCGUCGCGGCACGCGCUACAUGUUUGCGCGCGCCUUCAAACGGCACGGCGUCGAGCACUUGUCCACAUUCCUCAAGGUCUACAGGAGGGGUGACAUCGUGGACGUGAAGGGCAAUGGCGCCUUCCAGAAGGGUAUGCCCUACAAGUACUAUCACGGCAAGACGGGCCGCGUGUACAACGUGACCAAACACGCCGUGGGAGUGGUGGUCAAUAAGCGCGUGAGGAACCGGAUCAUUGCCAAGAAGAUCAACGUUCGCGUGGAGCACGUGUCGCACUCCACCUGCCGACAGGACUUCUUGGAGAGAGUGAAGAGGAAUGAGGCGCUCAAGAAGGAGGCGAAGAAGACGGGCGUUAAGGUGAAUGUGAAGCGCGAGGCCCGCCAGCCGAGGGGCGCCCACUUCAUCCGCAUCACCAAAGUUAACAAACCCCAGAACCUGCAGCCCAUCCCCUACGAGCUGAUCGCUUAA